AAGUUGAGACGCAAUGGAAAACUAACCUCGUUUUGUGAAUAAUCUGUACGAAAUCGAUCAGCGAUUGUUUCUUAUGUGAUUUGUGGUGACAUGUGUUAGUCAGUACGUGAGGAAUUGUGGUAGCUGUGAUUGUGGUGUUCAUAAUGUUCGUAUCCGACCCAAAUAAUGUGAAGAUUUACAACUUAAGUGCUGGAAAAUCACUACCAGAGUGGUUAUCAGAUCGCAAAAGACGAGCGCUGCAGAAGAAAAAUGUUGAUAUUCGAAGAAGAAUUGAGCUUAUCCAGGACUUUGAAAUGCCUGGUAUAAGUACAACAGUGAAGGUUUCAGCAGAUGGAAACUUUAUUCUGGCAACUGGAAUCUACAAACCCAGAAUGCGAUGUUAUGAUGUCAAUAACUUGUCCAUGAAGUUUGAAAGGUGUUUUGAUUCUGAAAUUGUCACAUUUGAGAUACUGUCAGAAGAUUACAGUAAGGUGGUCUUCCUGCGCUCUGAUCGCUAUGUAGAAUUCCACGCAGCACAAGGGCGGUACUAUCGAUUGCGGAUACCAAGAUUUGGGCGUGAUCUGAAGUAUCAUCCUGGGACUUGUGACCUCUACGUGGUGGGAGCUGGCCCAGAAGUAUAUAGACUAAACUUGGAGCAAGGUCAGUUUCUCAACUCAUUGGUGACUGAUGCUUCAGAGGUGAACCGGUGUGCUAUAAACCCAGUGCAUCAGUUGCUUGUUUGUGGAACACAGGAAGGCAAAGUAGAGGCUUGGGAUUCUCGCACCAGAGGCAGAGUUGGCACCCUGGAUUGUGCACUCAGCAUCACAGACUCACAGCUAGAUGGUUUCCCAUCAGUGACUGCACUCCAGUUCCAAGGGAGUCUGACGCUCGGUGUUGGUACUGCAACUGGACAAGUGCUGUUAUAUGAUAUAAGGUCUAGUAGGCCUUUCCAAGUUAAGGACCAUAUGUAUGGACUGCCCAUACAUGAUUUGGACUUCAGCGAGGCUCAAGAUUUGGUUCUGUCUAUGGACAGUUCUGUCAUUAAGAUAUGGGAGAAACAGACAGGAAAGCUGUUCACCUCAAUUGAAGCUGCAGCAGAUUUCAAUGGUCUGUGUCUUGUCCCCAACACUGGCAUGAUUUUUGCUGCAAAUGAAGACACAAAGAUUCAGACAUACUAUAUUCCUAGUCUGGGUCCAGCCCCCCGAUGGUGCAGCUUUCUGGACAGUCUAACCGAAGAACUGGAGGAAAAGCAUGUUGACACUGUAUAUGACGACUACAAGUUUGUGACCAGGAAAGAACUGCAAGAUUUAGGAUUGGAUCAUCUGAUGGGAACAAACCUCCUGAGAGCCUAUAUGCAUGGAUUCUUUGUGGAUAUAAGACUGUACAGGAAGGCAAAGUCUGUAGCAGAACCAUUUGCAUUUGAUGAAUACAAAAGGAAGAAGAUCAGGGAAAAGAUUGAAGGAGACAGAGAAAAUCGUGUGAAACUGCAGACUCUGCCAAAAGUCAAUAAGGACUUGGCUUUGAAGCUGAUAGAUGAAGAGCUAAAGGAGAAGAGAAAGAAGAAUAAAAGUGGUACUGACUUGCUGAAGGAUGGUCGCUUUAAAGCUUUGUUUGAGAACCCAGACUUCGAAGUGGACAAGAAUGCUGAAGAGUACAGACUGUUGAACCCUGUAGUAUCUCGACUUGACAGGAGUCGUAAGAAAGAGUUGAAGAAGCAACUUGUACACCAGCAAUUCGAGGAAGUGGAGGGUGGAUCUGAAAACAAGGAAAGCUCUGAAUCAGAGUCUAGUUCAGAUGAUGACCAGCAAUGGACUAAGGAAGUGAAGCAUCAGCAUUAUCUGCUGCGUCAGGAAGAGAGGGAACGAAUGAAAGAAGAAGAGGAAAAGGAAGUUGGCUUACCCAGGUUCUUUGAAUUGAAGGAAGGGGAAGAAUUCAAAGGAUUGCAAGGAAACGUAAAGAAGAGACGAAACAAUUCCUCCCUUGGCGAACGCGCACAACAGGAAGGAAGGGACACUGUGCGAUUGCUGGGCUCGAUAGGAAAUCGGGAGAUGACCUUUUCUCUGGGCAAGAAAGAGAGAAUUUUAAAUUCACGUGAGCAAGGGAGGAAGCAUCAUGAGGAGAGACGAAAAUUGCUGCGUCCUGCAAAGAAUCUUCCUGGCCUGCGAUCAAAACGAAAAUUUCCACUCAGCCUAUGUGAUCUUGACUUAAGCGAAAUGCAAGAGGUUGGGAUAGUCUGUCACAUGGCACUGAAUCUGCUUCUGAUUUUAUUCUUUUAUUGUAAAAAGCCUCAGAAUAACCGGUUCCCAAUCCAGAAUUCAAACCGACUACCCCCAGAAUACGCAGUGGAAAUGACAUCAGUUGCAAUGCAACCUUCUGUUUGUGAGGCAAUGCUUGGAGGUGACAGUGCUGAAGGUGGGACUACUACUGAAUCCUCCAUGAAACCACCAAAGGAAAUUGAAGUUAGCAGUGAAUUUGUCCAGAUUACAGAGUCACUUCACCAAGAGUCCCUCAGCACUUCAGCUCUGUUGUACUACUGCCAGUGCAAGAUCUUGCGCCCAUAUUCAAGACUUCUGUGUCUUAUGGGUCUAAGGCCAUCAACAGUGGAAAAUACAGAGCACGAUUGUAUCCUGACAUGUUGUAGCUACAAACACUUGGUGUUUGUGUUGGUGUUGAUGUUCGUGGGUUAUAUUCUGCAGUACAUGACAUGUUUCAGGAGAGAUCGAGGUUUCGACUUCAAGAAUGAAUCAACUACUGAAGUUGAAGAUCGUGAAUAUAUUUGCUAUGGUAACAUAGCCUUCACUUACAUUGUGCCAAGUCUUCUUCAUUUUUCAGCAUAUGUUUAUGCUUUGUACUUAUUUAGAAUCAAUGACAAUGAGCAACUUCAAAGUUUGAUGGAAAGAGCUCUCCUGGUUUCCGGUGGAUCAGCAACACAACGCACAGUAGUGUAUAGUCUGUGGAUAUCUAUUGGUCUGAGUAUUCUAUGGGUGACAGCUUCAGUAGUCUCUGUUUGUAUUAUGGUGGCAGAUGGGGCCAUUGUUUUCCGAUGGCUACAGCACAGUUCAGGUGAAGUGACCAUACUGCUGAAGGGUCUGUUGGUAUUAUCAACGCUGUGGCAUGACAUGGUGCAAGCCACACUCAUCACAAGCUAUUGUCUUCAAAGUCAGCUGUUGUCAUUGCAUGUACAAUCUCUGAGAGAAAAACUUUUGCAGUACGUUAUGUCUCAUAGGGACUGGAUGCGUGAAAUCCAUGAAUUUCGAAACCUUCUGAAAUAUUUGAAUGAAGACCUUGCUCCAAUAGUUUGCGUCUUGUCAAUUGUCAACAUUUCGUUUGCAGCCUCAGGAAUCAUAUGGCUGCUGAAAUUUGAUAUAACAGACACACAGACAGAACCCAUCAUUGGAGUCAGUGUUCUCAACACAAUUCUAUGGGCGCUGAUUGCUGUUGCACCAUUCAUUCAGGCAGCCCGACUGACAGCUUCGUGUAUUGCCAUGCAGGAUGUAGGUCAUGAAGUACGUACCCGGCCAUUUGUCUAUGAGACUACACCUGAGCAGGAUUUGGAUAGUAUUUUACUAUAUACAUCAUCUCUCCACAUGACCUCAGAAUUGUUUAAGGUCCCAGUAACUGGAAGGUACCUAUGCAUGGCUGCCACAAUAGGAACCAUUUUGAUAAUCACACUUGGGCAGUGUCAUAUUCUAUAGAAUUUUUAUGUUUUUAUACUCUUUUGGGAACUUUAGUUAUUGCUGUUGUUUUUAUGUAUAAAUUAA